AUGCUUGCUGCUCUCCCUCAAUGUUCUAUCAAUGAACCUGUUCCUAUUAUUCACAAAUAUUAUCAGUCGGGAGACCUCAUCAUUGCUGGCGUUAUUUCCCAGAUCUACAUAUCUUCAAGCACCAUAACCUUUGAACAACAUCCGGCUCUGGAACUUUCCAAUGACCACAUGGUCCUGACUCAGAACUACCAGCACAUCCUGGCCUUGGCAUUUGCUGUGAAGGAGAUCAAUGCCAACCCCCAAAUCUUGUGCAAUGUCACUCUUGGAUUCCACAUCUAUAACAGUCAUUUCAGUGCCAGCUGGACCUAUCAAGCCUCCAUAGAACUUCUUUCUAGACGGGCCAAGUUCAUCCCUAACUACAAGUGUGAUGUUGAGAAUACUCCAGUAGCAGUCAUCGGGGGACCAAACUCUAAUGUCUGUUUUCACAUGGCAACUAUCCUGAGCAUGUACAAGAUGCCACAACUCAUAUAUGGCUCUUCUCCAGUCAUGAAUAAUGAAACUCAGGCUGUCUUCUUCCACCGGAUGUUCCCAAAUGGAGCCUUUCAGUACAAGGGAAUUCUCCACUUACUUCUGCAUUUCUCAUGGACGUGGAUUGGAGUUGUUUCCCAGGAUGACGACAACACAGAGAGCUUUAUAGAGAACAUACUUCCUCUGCUUUCCCAGGGUGGCAUCUGCUUCGACUUCAUAGAAAAAUUCCCCAAACUAACUUCUUCCAGUGGCUUUGGAGACAUGGUAGGAGAAGGCUUAAAGACACUUAAUGUCAUUAUGUCAAGUACUGCCCAUGUUGUGCUUGUGCAUGGAGAAAUUCAGACCAUGAUGGUUUUGAGAGUCAUGCCCCAAAUUGCAGAUAUGGAGAAUAUGCCAUGGAGGACAAUAGCUAAAAUUUGUAUUAUGACAGCCCAGAUGGAUUUCACAUCAUUCCCCUUCCAAAGAGAUUGGGACAUACAUUUUCUCCAUGGUGCUUUGUCCCUUUCAGUUCAUUCAAAGGAGGUGCUGCUUUUCCACACAUUUCUUCAGAACAGAAACCCUGCUUCAGUAGAAGAAGAUGGCUUCAUCAGGGAGUUCUGGGAAGAAUCAUUUGACUGUUCAUUUCCCAGUUCUGCGGCACACAAGAUGGACUGGAAAAGGUGUUCUGGGAAUGAGAGGCUGGAGCUGCUUCCUGUUUCUGUGUUUGAAAUGGGCAUGACUGCUCAUAGUUACAGCGUCUACAAUGCAGUCUAUGCAAUAGCACAUAGUUUGCAUGCCAGCUAUUUAUCACAAUUCAAAUACACAGGAAUAUCACGCUGUGGAAGGUGGACGAUUCUGAAGGCACAACAGUGGCAGCUCCACCGUAUUCUCAGAAGUAUUUCAUUUAACAACAGUGUGGGGGAAAUGGUGUCCUUUGAUCAAAAUGGGGAAUUGGCUGCUGGCUUUGACAUUAUAAACUGGGUCACACUCCCAAACCAGACCUUCUUCAGGGUUAAAGUUGGAAAGAUAGACCCUCCGACUCUCCAAGAUAAGAAAGAUGCAGUGACCUCCCUGGACAACGUCUUCACCAUUCAUGAGGAUCUCAUCAUCUGGCCCAAACAAUUUAACCAGGUCCAGUCCUUGCAUAUUUCAGGGUGCAUUUAUAAAUUUCCUCAAUAUUCAAGAAAUAUGGAUAAUUGCUUUCAAUGUCCAGGAGAUCAAUAUCCAAACAUUGGUCAGGAUACAUGCCUUCCAAAAACCAUCAGCUAUCUUUCUCACAAAGAGCCUCUGGGGAUCAGCUUGGACGCUGUUGCUCUCUCCUUUUCUUGCAUCACAGCUCUUGUGCUUGGAAUCUUUAUGAAGAACAAGGACACACCCAUAGUCAGAGCCAACAACAGGGGCCUCACCUACACUCUCCUCCUCGCCCUCCUGCUCUCCUUCAUUUCUGCUUUGCUGUUCAUUGGACAACCGGAGGUUGUGACCUGCCUCCUUCGACAAAUACUUUUUAGCAUAAUCUUCUCUGUGGCAGUUUCUUGCUUAUUGGCCAAAACCACCAUUGUGGUGCUAGCUUUCAUGGCCACGAAGCCAGGGUCCAGUAUAAGGAAAUGGGUGGGGAAACAAUUAGCCAUCUCCAUAGUCCUGUCCUGCUCCCUGAUUCAAGCCACAAUCUGUAGUGUGUGGCUGGCAACCACUCCCCCAUUCCCAGACUUUGACAAACACUCAAUGCCAAAAGAAAUUGUGCUUGAAUGCAAUGAAGGGUCGACUGUCAUGCUUUACUGUGUGUUGGGCUUCCUGUGUCUCCUGGCCAUUGUCAGCUUCACGGUGGCCUUCUUAGCUAGAAAGUUGCCCGACAGUUUCAAUGAAGCCAAGUUCAUCACCUUCAGCAUGUUGAUCUUUUGCACGGUAUGGCUGUCCUUUGUUCCCACAUAUCUGAGUACCAAGGGGAAGUACAUGGUGGCCGUGGAGAUCUUCUCCAUUUUGUCCUCCAGUUUUGGAUUACUGAGCUGCAUCUUUUCCCCAAAAUGCUAUGUCAUUUUACUGAGACCUGAUCUGAAUAGCAAAGAUCAGCUCAACAUAAGAAAGAAUUAA